CAAAUUAGUGUUUGUAAAGUCUGUUGUUUAGUUAGGAUGCUUAAAACUUAGAUAAAGUAUGAGCGAAGGCAAAAUCUGUUACACAGUUACAUCUGCUACACUAUUUUCUCUGGCGGUACUUGAUCUACACUGUAUGGUGCUACAAUGAAACAUCAGUAUGAAUAUGGUAUUUUGCAGUCCAGACCAUCAUUUACAUACAUAGCCUGCAUGUGGAUGUAAAAAUAGCCAGGCAGUGUCUGAAUUGGGAAUGGUUGGAGUUUGCUGCCUGCCAACUGUUAUGGGGUUUAUCGUUUUUUUCAGUGUUGGGUGACCAGUAGUUAGUGUGGGGAGUGGUUUGGACAGCCAGGCAGCUGUAACAACCUGUAUUAUUUGUACUUGUUUGGUGAAUCUAGUGGCUCAAGUCCCUCUCGCGGGUAAUUGUUUAGAGGGGACUGCUAUGGGCAAUGCACCACUCUGCCAUUCUUGUCACACAAACAAAGGUAUUCCAAGCAAUACGAAGUAUCGGAACUUAGACACGUACCCUGACUAUUACACAGAAAUAUGCAAAGAACCCGAGGCACUGUCUGACAGCAAUGCAAGCUUCCUCCGUGCUGCAAGAGCAGGAAACCUUGACAAAGUGCUUGAAUUCCUCAAAGGAGGCAUAGAUAUCAACACAUCGAAUCAGAAUGGCCUCAAUGCAUUGCACCUGGCAGCAAAGGAAGGACAUGUGGAUCUUGUGCAAGAACUUUUGGAGAGAGGUGCAUUGGUUGAUUCAUUAUCAAAGAAAGGAAAUUCGGCCGUGCACAUUGCAUCUCUGGCUGGACAAAUCAAUGUGGUCAGCAUGCUUAUGAAGCAGGGUGCCAACAUCAACUUACAGUCUCAGAAUGGCUUCACACCACUCUAUAUGGCUGCCCAGGAAAAUCACCUUGAUGUUGUCAAGUUCCUGCUGGAAAUUGGAGCUAACCAGAGCACAGCCACUGAGGAUGGGUUCACUCCCCUAGCUGUCGCGCUGCAACAGGGUCACAACCAAGUCGUUGCUAUUUUACUGGAGAAUGACACAAAGGGAAAAGUGCGCUUACCGGCCCUGCAUAUUGCUGCACGGAAAGAUGAUACCAGAUCCGCAGCUUUGCUGUUACAGAAUGACCACAAUGCCGAUGUACAGUCCAAGAUGAUGGUGAAUAGAACCACAGAGAGUGGUUUCACUCCUCUUCACAUUGCUGCCCACUAUGGAAACGUGAAUGUAGCUACUCUGCUGUUAAACCGAGGAGCUGCUGUGGAUUUCACAGCCCGGAAUGGAAUUACUCCUCUACAUGUAGCUUCCAAACGAGGGAAUACUAAUAUGGUGAAACUGUUACUGGAUCGUGGAUCCCAUAUAGAUGCUAAAACAAGGGAUGGGCUGACCCCACUGCACUGUGCAGCCAGGAGUGGACAUGAUGGAGCUGUGGAGAUUCUGCUCGAGAGGGGAGCCCCAAUGCUUGCCAGAACGAAGAAUGGUUUGUCACCCCUCCAUAUGUCUGCCCAAGGAGAUCAUGUGGAAUGUGUCAAGCAUCUGCUGCAGCACAAGGCACCUGUUGAUGAUGUUACGCUUGACUAUCUCACUGCAUUGCACGUGGCUGCUCACUGUGGUCACUACAGGGUCACCAAGCUCCUCCUGGACAAGAGAGCCAAUCCCAAUGCCCGGGCACUGAAUGGCUUUACCCCACUGCACAUUGCAUGUAAGAAAAACCGUGUUAAAGUCAUGGAACUUCUUGUGAAGUACGGGGCCUCAAUCCAAGCCAUAACAGAGUCUGGCCUUACACCAAUACAUGUGGCUGCCUUCAUGGGCCACUUGAAUAUUGUCCUCCUUUUGCUGCAGAAUGGAGCAUCUCCAGAUGUGUCUAACAUUCGUGGUGAAACGGCCCUGCACAUGGCGGCACGAGCUGGACAGGUGGAAGUAGUGCGCUGCCUACUGCGCAAUGGAGCCCAGGUGGAUGCUAAAGCCAGGGAGGAUCAAACUCCUUUACACAUUGCCUCAAGGCUGGGUAAAACUGAAAUAGUGCAACUGCUGCUGCAGCACAUGGCGUUUCCAGAUGCGUGCACCACCAAUGGCUACACCCCUCUGCACAUUUCUGCAAGGGAGGGUCAGGAGGAUGUGGCUUCCAUUUUGCUUGAGGCAGGUGCUUCACACUCAUUGGGCACAAAGAAGGGAUUUACCCCACUACAUGUCGCAGCUAAGUACGGAAGCCUAGAUGUGGCAAAACUCCUUCUGCAGCGCUCAGCUUCUCCAGACUCUGCUGGCAAGAACGGCCUAACCCCUCUCCACGUUGCUGCUCAUUAUGACAACCAGAAGGUGGCAUUAUUGCUGCUGGAGAAAGGUGCCUCUCCUCAUUCCUCCGCAAAGAAUGGCUACACACCUCUGCACAUUGCUGCUAAGAAGAAUCAGAUGGAAAUUGCUACAACCUUACUGGAAUAUGGAGCGGAGACUAAUGCAUUAACAAAGCAGGGGGUUACUCCGCUUCACCUGGCAUCACAGGAGGGACACGUGGAAAUGGUUACAUGUCUGAUGGAUAAAAAUGCCAAUGUCAGUGUGGCAACAAAGAGCGGACUGUCGGCAUUGCACAUGGCAGCUCAGGAAGACAGGGUUAAUGUUGCAGAAAUCCUUGUAAAACAAGGUGCAAAUCUUGACGCACAGACCAAGGUGGGCUAUACUCCACUGAUUGUGGCGUGUCACUAUGGAAACAUCAAGAUGGUGAAUUUUCUCCUGCAACAUGGUUCCAAUGUCAAUUCCAAAACCAAGAAUGGAUACACACCUUUGCACCAGGCAGCACAGCAGGGCCACACUCACAUCAUCAAUGUCCUCCUUCAACAUGGAGCCAGAGCCAAUGCCAUUACUGCAAACGGCAACACUGCCUUGGCAAUUGCAAGACGCCUUGGAUACAUCUCUGUGGUUGAUACUCUGAAGGUUGUCACUGAAGAGGUCACUACCACUACAACUACUGUAACUGAAAAACAUAAGCUGAAUGUCCCUGAGACAAUGACUGAGAUCCUGGAUGUGUCAGAUGAGGAAGGAGAUGACACAAUGACAGGUGAUGGAGGAGAGUACCUUAGACCAGAGGACCUAAAAGAGCUUGGAGAUGAUUCUCUUCCCAGCAGUCACUAUCUGGACAAUAUGAUGUACAGAGGAUUAGGACGUCUUGGAGAGCGCUCAGACAGUGCUGUAAACAGCCUGCGAUCCUUCAGUUCAGACAGGUCCAACACACCAAGCCAUGGUCCGUACUACAGAGACAGUGCCAUGAUUGAAGAGUUAAUCACAGCUACAAGUAACCAGGUAGCUCUGGCUAAGUGCCCAGAGAAGGACUCCACACAUCGCUUAAAUUGGGAAACGGAGAACUUGGACAAUGUGGCACUCUCUUGCAGCCCAAUACAUUCAGGCUACUGGAGCAAGAUGGUGCAAGACAUAGGAACCUUACAGCCAGCAGGCUAUUCUUCUCCAGUCGCUGACGGUGAAUCAAGCUUUCUGGUUAGUUUCAUGGUGGAUGCUCGGGGAGGAUCUAUGCGAGGCUGUCGCCAUAACGGACUUCGCAUUAUCAUUCCCCCUCGGAAAUGCACAGCUCCAACCCGUGUCACUUGCCGCCUGGUUAAACGUCACAGACUGGCCACAAUGCCUCCUAUGGUGGAAGGAGAGGGUCAUGCCAGCAGGUUAAUUGAAGUUGGACCAUCAGGUGCUCAGUUCCUUGGUAAACUGCAUCUUCCUAAUUCUCCUCCCCCUCUAAAUGAGGGAGAAAGCUUGGUUAGCCGAAUCCUGCAGCUUGGGCCAUCAGGAACCAAAUUCCUUGGGCCUGUGAUUGUGGAGAUUCCACAUUUUGCAGCCGUACGUGGGAAGGAACGAGAGCUGGUGGUGCUGCGCAGUGAAACUGGAGAGACGUGGAAGGAGCAUCAGUGUGAAUAUACUGAGGAAGAGCUGAAUGAAAUAUUGAAUGGGAUGGAUGAAGUACUUGAUAGUCCAGAGGAACUUGACAGAAAACGUAUUUGCCGUAUCGUUACCAGGGACUUCCCACAAUACUUUGCAGUAGUGUCCAGGGUCAGACAGGACAGUAACCUGAUUGGACCAGAAGGAGGUGUGCUGAGCAGCACUGUGGUGCCACAGGUUCAAGCUGUCUUCCCUGAAGGAGCUUUAACCAAGAGGAUUCGAGUUGGACUCCAGGCCCAACCCAUGCAUGUUGAAUUAGUCAAGAAAAUCCUGGGCAAUAAGGCGACUUUUAGUCCAAUAGUCACCCUUGAGCCGAGAAGAAGGAAAUUCCAUAAACCUAUCACGAUGACAAUUCCCAUUCCAAAGUCUUCUACUGACGGAUUAAUGAAUGGUUAUGGUGGAGACACCCCAACUCUCAGGUUACUUUGCAGUAUAACAGGCGGAACAACACCAGCACAAUGGGAAGAUAUAACUGGAACAACUCCGUUGUCAUUUGUCAAUGAAUGUGUUUCUUUCACAACAAAUGUGUCUGCUAGGUUCUGGCUCAUAGACUGUCGGCAGAUCCAAGAAUCUGUGAACUUUGCCACACAAGUGUACAGAGAAAUUAUCUGUGUACCAUACAUGGCCAAAUUUGUAGUUUUUGCCAAAUCACUUGAUCCAAUUGAGGCACGUUUGAGAUGCUUCUGCAUGACAGAUGACAAGGUGGACAAAACAUUGGAACAGCAGGAAAAUUUCACAGAAGUUGCUAGGAGCAGAGAUGUUGAGGUAUUGGAAGGCAAGCCAAUUUAUGCUGACUGUUUUGGCAACCUUGUGCCUCUUACAAAGAGUGGACAGCACCACCUAUUCAGUUUCUAUGCUUUUAAAGAAAAUAGACUUGCAUUGUUUGUCAAGGUACGAGAUACAACUCAGGAACCUUGUGGAAGAUUAUCCUUCAUAAAAGAACCAAAGUCAGCAAGAGGUCUUAUACAACAUCCUAUUUGCAACCUAAAUAUCACGCUACCCCUAUACAACAAGGAGUCAGAUUCAGAUCAGGAGCAAGAGGAAGAGGUGACUGGAAGUCAAGAUAAAUAUGAAGAGGAGGAGACUGAAUCUGCAGAGAUUUCUUCAGCCAUAAAAUCCCAUCUUGUCCAUGAUGUCCCUGUGCUGGCCAGCCCAGACUUGCUUUCAGAUGUAUCUGACAUGAAACAAGACUUGAUCAAGGUCACUAAGAUCUUAAAAACAUCAGGAAGUAAAGGAAGCCCUAUAGAGGUGAAAGAAUUAGCAAAAGGGGCUGAAGAUGAACCAGGUGAGCCUUUUGAAAUUGUAGGGAAAGUGAAAGAAGACUUGGAAAAAGUGAGUGAGAUUUUAAGAAGCGGAACAUACACGGGUGACGAAUCUCUACAAGAGGCCUUUGGUGAAGAACUCGAAGAAAGCUGGGUAAUUAUCAGCGACGAAGAAAUUGAUGAAGUCAAACGAGAAGUACCAGCAGAGGUCACUGAAUCUUUGUUUGUGGAGCACAGAAUUGACAGAGGGCCCCGAGAAAAGGUUGUGAAAGAUAUGAAUGGAAUGUUGGGCUAUUUAGAAAAUGACCUGGACACAUAUUUAAAGGAAGUAGCAACAGGACCUCCAGCCACUUGUCAAAUGAAUAUCGUCCAAGAAAGUUUUGAAGCAACAUUCAUUGCCAAAGAUAUUAAAAAAGGAACUGAUCAGAUGAUUUACAAACCUUCAAGAUCUGAGGAGCUCAGUGAACAAGAGGAAUCGCACAAAGCAAAAGACCAAAGUAAACUUGAUAUGGGAAAGACAAAGCCAGUGUUUCAGAGAUUCAAGGCAGAAAAUACCGCAGUGUAUUUUAAGGAUCCUGCAUUUCAAUCCCAAACUAAAGAAUCAACGAUGGAGCUUAAAAAAGUACAGCAGAAUAUUUACACUGAAUCUGAUUCCACCAAGGAAGAAACAACAUUAGUGCCUCCAACCAUUGCAGAAUCUACCUCACCUGUGGUAGAAGAAACUCCCAUUGGUUCAAUAAAAGAGAAAGUCAAAGCUCUCCAGAAGCGUGUGGAAGCAGAGAAAGGGCAACGAAAACAAGUAAAAUCAGCAGUAAAGGAAGAGAUUUGCAUAUCAGUUACUAAACGAGUAUCAUGCACAGAGGCUCCUACUUCCGCUGUUACAGAAAGGCUUGAAGAAACAAUGUCAGUGCGUGAACUGAUGAAAGCAUUUCAGUCAGGACAAGAUCCAUCCAAGAAGAUGACUCGACUCUUCCAACAUGCAUCUGAUGCUUCACAAGCAGAAAAGCAAACUUUAGAAGAAUUAACAAAACCAGAAGUGUCUCAUGAUGUACUUAUAGAAGCAAAAGCAGAUGAUGUAGGAAAGUUCAAGCCACAAGGGCUUUCACAGGAUACAUUGCGUAUAGAUCAGAAUGGAAUAGCUGCAAUUAGUUCAGUAACACAAGGCACGAGGGAAAUUAGUAGAGAAAGGAAAAGAAUACCAUCAAGCAAAGAUAAGAAGGUACUCACAAUUGAAAGAGGUGAUGCAAGUUCUGAAACAUCAGAAAACUUUGAGUCUGUUUUUGCCGAAGAUCAUGAAAAGCAAACUGAGAUACACAGCAGCAGAAUAACUGUGACUAGCGAUUUACAGAUCAGUCCAGACAGGAAGACAUCCACUGAUUUCACUGAUGUCAUUAAAGAGGAAUUAGAAGAUAACGACAAAUAUCAACAAUUUAGGAAAACUUCAGAUACUCCAGAUGCUGAACUUUACCUUGAACAGGUAGUGACAAGCCCAGUUCACCAUCACCUGAACAUUAGUUUUCCACCACAGUAUGUGAAAGAUGGAUUUACACCAGAUGUAGCAUUACAAAAUGGUGCCCUUGAUGACAGUUCAGAAAGCCUAAAGCAUGAAGGCAUUGCUGACUCUCCGAGCUUUAGCUUGGGUGAUGGUACUCCUCAAAUCAGCUCAGAGGAGAGCUAUAAACAUGAAGGUCUUGCAGAAACUCCUGAGACAAGCCCUGAAAGUCUCUCCCUUUCACCAAAGAAAAAUGAUCAGGAAACGUCAGAAAAGCAAGAUGCUGGAGAUCCUGUCAAAAUAGACAACGAGGACCAAAGUUUUCAGAAAAGCACACCUUCUGCACAGUAUGAAAAUGUAAUCUCAACUGAAGACAUUUCUGGCUUAAAGGUAACAAAGGAAUAUUUAGAUGCCACUGAUGCAGAACUAACUGCAGAUUCUGGUUGUGUUGAUUAUGAUGAAUUGCAAUUGACAGAAAUAACUCAAGCCACAUCUCUCGUAGAUGAAGUGGAUGAGCAGAGCACAAGUGAAUCUGUCUCUGCCCUUAAAGCUACAGAUGAUACCAGUGAAAAAGAUGCUUUUAUGCAGGAAGAAUCAGAAUCUUUGUUCCUUCAUGAUGGGCAUGAUGAUUCUUUGGAGAGUGGAUUCAAAGGCAAGGAUAGAAGCAUUUGUGUUUCAAUGUCGGAUGGAAAACCAGGAGCGUUAUUAGCCCCAGAUACUGCAGUGAAGGAAACUGACCAAAAAAAUGCUUCACCAGUUGUAACUUCCAUUUCACCAGAGGCCACACCAAGAAGUCAACUAUUGGAAUUGUGUCUCACCGGAGUUUCGCUUGAUACUGAUAAUCUUAGUCCAAUGGCAGAUGAAUCUUUGAUCAGCCAUAAGGAUUCUCUGGAGGGUAGUCCCACACAGGAUGAUAUUGAUACAACUUCACACAAAUCCCCAGAUUCACUGGAGCCAAGCCCAUUAAAAGAAUCUCCAUGUCCAGAUUCUCUCGAAAGUAGCCCAGUGGAGCAUAGGUUAAGUACAGCAAUUUCCAUGGCACUGAAGAGUGAAAAAGUGGCUUCUAUCGUGAUCACUGAGAAAAAAAGUGACAAAACUGAUAUUUCUUUGGAUUCUACAUCAGCCAGGAGUAGAAUUCUCAGGGAAAUGCGAGGAGAAGGACCCAUAAGCAGAGAAGCAAGGAAACUUAUGUCACCUGAUGGGAGCACAGAGGAAGAUAGUUUGGACCAAGUGUCUCAAAUGGAAAGUUCAGGAAAGAGCCCUCUUUCACCUGAAACUCCGAGCUCUGAGGAGAUCAGUUAUGAAGUCACACCUAAAACACCUGACACGCAUAUACUCUCAGUUGCUGACAAGCCAAUUGUGAUUCCAGAAAUCCAAGAGGAAAUUGAUGAUGAUUCCCCUCCAGACAGUGAAUCAAAGAAAAGAUUUACACCAGAAGAGGAGAUGUUCAAAAUGGCAGCCAAGAUCAAAACGUUUGAUGAACUAGAGGAGGAUGCUAGAUUAAAACGUGAUAGUAAAAAGGAGCAGAAGCAUUCUGAUAUGUCGUCAACCCCUGCUAUAUCCAAUGUAGAAGAUGCAGAAGUUAUAGUUAUAUCUCAUGCCGAGCAUAGAAUGAGCUCCUCUUCUUCAGAAAGUGAGCCAGAACUAACUCAACUAAGCAAAGAGGCUGAAAGUGGACUGCUCAUGGAACCAGUUAUUCGAGUUAACCCUCCAUCUCCACUCCUCCCUGUUUCUAGUCCUGAGGAUGCAGAAUUUCCUCUCAUACCGGACAAAAACUACACCUUUAAGAUAAUAGAUCACGAGAAAGAAUCAAGUGAACCAACAGGUGAUAGUGGCAUAACAGUAGAAAACAGAAGCGUGGACAAAGAUUGCGGUGUUUCAAUUGAUUCACAGGUUUCUGAAGCAGUGCCUUGUGACAAUGUUGAAACUCAUCAUUCCUCUGCAGUUCAUUCUUGUACAGCCACUGGUGAGUCUAUUGAAGAGCCAGUUUCUUCAGAAGCACCAGCUUUUGUGCCUGAGCUGCAAGAGGAAGAUAUUCUUACUGAGGAAGAUGUACAGCGUCUUGAGCAAGCUGCAGAAAAGCGAGAUGAACUGUGGGUCGAUAGCAGAUCUGAAGAAUAUCAAGCAAAAGCACAUGACCAGAGGCAUGAGGGCCAGGAUGGAAUGAUAGAAAAAUCUUCAUCACCUGUAAUUGACUGUGUGGAAUAUAAAGCAGCUCCUGCUGACGAAUCUGCAUUAAGUGACAUGCGUUCAAAUAAAGCAGCUGAGGAACAGCGUAGCGAAAUAAUAAUAACUGAAACAAAGCCGGAGCUUGAUGCUUGGAAUACAAUCAGAGAAGAUGAUGACGUAUUUGCAGCUCGUCUUAUAGAGGAAGAGCAGAAAAUAUUUGGCCUAAUGGUUGACAGACAAUCUCGUGGUACAACUCCUGAUACCACACCAGCAAGAACUCCGAUUGAGGAUGGUACACCAACCAAUGAACAAAACCCAUUCCUAUUUCAAGAGGGAAAAUUGUUUGAAAUGACCAGAAGUGGUGCCAUUGAUAUGAGCAAAAGGAGCUAUGGAGAUGACGGCUUCCAUUUUUUCCAAAUUGGAGAAGACCAGGAUGCUGAGGCUUUAAUUGAAGUGUCAAAAAUGGAAGGAAGUGAGGAUGAGGUGAAGCCUCUUGAAACUGAGUGCGUGACUGAUGGAGUACUCAACCUUUCUCAGACUGAGAUUCAAUCUGGUUCAAUGUCAGAUUCACCACCCACUAUUGAUGCAGCUCUUCAAUCCCCUAUUGAGUUUAGUUGCACUGAUGAACAAAUAGCCACAAAAAAUGAGCAAAAAUCGAGAAUUCCAAUCAAAAUGGGCAUUUCUGCAUCUGCCAAAUCUUCAAAAAAAGACACUGCAGCGCCUGAAGUGGCUGAAGUAAAACCUUUCAUCUUAGAUGAUGAAGUAGAUAUUGUUGCUCCCAAGUCAUCUGCGAAUAAUGUCCAGUUGGACUUUUCUACAGUGACCAUAUCUUCACAACAGGCUGAUAGGAGUGACGAUGAUUCAUCAGACUCAUCACCUGAAGAGCAACGUUCAGUUAUUGAAAUUCCUACUGCAAUUAUUCAACAAACCUAUCAGACAGAGGCAAAAUCAAAGUUACCUGUCAGACAUACUGCAGUUGUAACUGCAAUUCCUCGUGUACCAACUGCACCCAUAGAUAAGGCAUCUUCAUCUUCUGCCAGUGUUCAGGAAGGAUCUACAGAUGAUGUAGUAAAAUCAAAAUCUAGAAUUCCUGUUAAGGCCGUUGCACACAGAAUAGACCACCAUUCGUCACCAAUGUUACCAGAUAUGAAAAAGACUUCAGAGACCAUUAAAAUCCAUGAGGUUAAAUCUAGGUUGCCAGUAAGACAGGAACCACGGAGCAAGUCUGAGUCAGAUGCCAGUAAUUCUGCUGAGAUGAGAAGUAAACUUCUUAAUAAGGGGAAGAGCUGUGAUACCGAACCUGAUGCAAAAGAACCUGUGUCCCAAUUUUUCAUUGGAUCAGAAACAUCUGAAAGUAAUAAACCAAAAUCAUUCCAAUCAAGACUUCCAGUGAAGACCAAAUCUAGUUAUAGUUCACAAGCUGCUACUGGUUAUACUAAGGGCAGCAAAGAUAAAUUUUUUGAACUUUAUAAACAUUCAAUUGAAUUUUUUGAAGAAAUAAGUGAUGAGGCUUCAAAGUUGGUGGAUCGUUUGACAGAGGAAGAGCGAGAACAUGAAGUGUUAUCAGAUGAUGAUAGCAGUGCUGUAGAUAGUUCUAUUAUAGAAACUGAGCAGCCCAGUGAAGUACACCAGCCUCUUCCAGAAGACCUGUUUGAUGUGAGGCCAAUCUGGGACGAAUCUGUUGAAACCCAAAUUGAAAGAAUUCCUGAAGAAAAUGGCCAUGAUCAUUUUGAAGCCGUGGAUGCUCAGGAGGACUCUGAAAGAGCUGAGCAACGACUCUAUCUUAUUGCCGACCACCUUGGUUUCAGCUGGACAGAGCUGGCCAGAGAACUGGACUUCAGUGAGGAACAGAUUCAUCAGAUCAGAAUUGAAAAUCCUAAUUCAUUAGUGGAUCAGAGUCAGGCACUCUUGAAAUAUUGGAUGGAAAGGGAUGGCAACUGUGCCUCAGAUGAAAAACUAAUGCAGAUAUUGAACAAAAUCAAUCGAAUGGAUAUUAUCAACCUACUAGAAACCACACAAACUUCACCCAGUAGAGACCAUAUUUCCCGAACCUAUGCAGAGAUUGAGCAGACAAUGGCUCUAGAUCACAGUGAAGGUUUCUCUGCACUUUCUGAUGAUCUGUGCAGUCCAAAGAUCACACGACUGGGACACCAAAUUUCAAAAGAGCAUUCCAGCCCAAGAGCACGACAUGGAGAGGGAGCACAACCCCCUCUUGUGUUGGAGGAAGAUAGCUCCAUCAGUUGUGGAAAGCCUCAGGAAGCCAGCCCACAGGCUAGGACAAAAUCCAGGGACCAAGAGCUAUCCAUCUCGGAACUCUUAAGACAAGCUCAGAAUGAGAUCAAAACUGAAGCCCAAAAUACAUCACUUCAAAAGGAAAAAUCUAUAAUGAAGGAUCAAGAAUCUGCAUUUUCUGGUGAAGACACUGAGUUCUCUAAAGGAAAGUCCAAGGAACUAGACAAAUGUGAUGUCCACGAUGAAGAAGAGGCAGAUGAGGGGAGUACAGAACUAGUCACCCUGAGAAUAGACGAACAAAGUCCAAUUAUACAGGAGGCUGGUGAAGGCUUACAAGCUGUCCAGGCAGCUGGUGCCACUAUAGUGGAAACAACCGAUGAACAGCCAGAGAACAUUAAGAGAUCUUUUGAGGAGGAAUCGCUAGAAAAGGAGAUAGUGGAAGAGCUGGGGGAACGGGAGAGCAGUUCUGAUGAGGAGACUGUAACCACCAGGGUCAUCCGUCGACGGGUGAUCAUUCAGGCCGAUGAUAUGCCCGAUAUGCAACCGGAGUCGGUCACAGAAGAACAAUAUACGGAUGAGCAUGGAAAUACUAUUGUGAAAAAGAUUACCAGGAAGAUUAUUAGGCGCUUAGUUUCACCUGACGGCACUGAAAAGGAGGAAGUAAUAAUGCAAGGAGCAGAGCAAGAACCAAUUGGAAUUGAAAAUGGUGACAGAUAUUCGAAAGUUUUAAAGCGGACUGUACUAAAAAGUGACAGUGAGCAGACAGAGAUGACAUUUACAGAACCACAAGCGGCCUCUGGAUCUGAAUUCCAGUCAGAGCACGUUGAGGGUCGGAGAGUCAGUCGGGUCGUCAAAACAACAGUGGUCCAUGGAGACAGAAUGGAGAAGCAUCUUGGAGACCCCAAGCUGGCCUCCGACCUUCCAACAGCCAAAGAUGAUUUUAACAUGGCUCUUAGUUUCGCAGGGAACCAAGGAAAGGUUCACAUUCCAAAUGUAGUGCAGAGAGAGAUUGUAAAAGAGGAUGGAUCUGUAAUUAAAAGGGUAACCAUGAGUAAAGCCAGCACACAGAAGAGGACUGUGGUGGAGGAUCGGGAAGGGAAACAUAUUCAUGAAGAACAGCUAGAGGAUGUGCCUGAAGCACUUCAGAAAGAUGACCUGAAAUUCGACCUACAGCAACUUCUCGGUCGCUUUUGCAGUGAGGACUGGAAACAGGAAAAAACCUAAAUAGCUCAAGUUGCGCAUUACCUGUUAUGUUACCACUGCACAGUUUGCUCACAUGAAGAAAUUGCAUAUUGUUAUUUCCAUCUAAAAUCGCUGGCAUAGCUGUGUGGAAAGCAUAGAUCUGAAUUAGCCUUUUAUCGUAAGUAAAUUUGUGACCAAAGAUGGCAUCCAAAUCUCGGAUGACUAAUACUGUUUGAACAUUAGAUCUUCCUGAUAUGCCAGUUUUAGGAACAUGCAAACUCUGGCAACAAUGUCAAAAUCCAGAAAAUACUUCAGCCACAGGCCUCUUCCCAUUUUCUGUCGCAGAAGGACUUUCUAAAAUAAAUGUGUAAAUAG